CGGCCGUGAUGCAGGCGGCUCCUCCUCCCGGCGCUCGGCAAGGGCUGGGAGCUCCCCUCUGCCCGGCUGCCCUUAUUUAAUUUCCAGUGUGAUUUUGCUAUUUUUAGCACCUGGAUCCCCUCCAAUCCGCAUUUGCGAGCAGCAGCAGCCAGGAGGGGGGGUUUCGGUCGCUCACAACACAGCCACGCCGGGAGAGGGAGGAAAAAAAAAUAAUAAUAAAAACGCCACCAAAAAAAUAAUAAUAACCCCCAAGCACCCAGCUCCGAGACCAAGCUGACUGACGAUGAGCGAAGCCGGCGCCAAGUCCAGCCAGGCCCUGGCCUCCAAGGGGGAGAAGGACGCCUCGGAGAAGAGGGGCCGGGGACGGCCCAGGAAGAAGCCGCAGCAGGAGCCCAGCGAAGCCCCGACCCCCAAGAGACCCCGCGGACGGCCGAAGGGCAGUAAAAACAAGGCCACCCCAAAAGGCAGGAAAGCUGCAGUCACACCAGGGAGAAAACCUCGAGGCCGACCCAAAAAAUCGCAGCAGGACGAGGAGGAGGUGAACAUUUCCCAGGAGUCGUCCGAGGAGGAGCAGUGACCCCCCCCCCGAACCGGCGCUACCUCAUCGCCCCGCGGG